AUGGCGGCGCCCGUCUACCCGGCCUGGGUCACCCGCUGGGUCUCCGGGCAGUGGCGGCAGAAGAAGCGGCCCCCGGUUAUCCGCCCGACCCGGCCGCUGGUGCUGGCCAACAAGGUAGCGAACCGCAGAGAGCAGGCGGGAGAGGCGACAUGCAUUACGGAGAUGUCAGUAAUGAUGGCCUGCUGGAAACAGAAUGACUUCAACGAUACAGCUUGUGCCGAGGAGAUCCGGAUGUUCUAUGACUGCGUGGCAAAGGCAGAAAAGGAGCGCCAGGCUAAAAAUGAGGAGAACACUCUGUCACCCAAGGGAAACUUAACUUCAAGCAAAGUGAACAAGCUCCUGAGGAGGUUUCCUCAGAUCACGCGUUAUGUAUAAUGUGCUUUACUAAAGGGACUGUGGACAAGCAAUUAAAGUUGGAGUCUUUGGCAAAAAACUGAAAAGUAGACUUGAGUGAGUGUUUGACAUCAAGUGGUAUCUGUCAGCACUGCUGUAUGGAUCUUGACCGCACCUCUGUUUCCAGAGCGAAAAACACCCAUCUUGACCAUCAGCUGACUUUGUUCAUGAGGUUCUUGGGUCUUGCAGUCCUAGGAUUUCUGCAGUGUGUUGUUCAACUAGCCACAGUGUAGAGUCACGUCCUCACUGUGAAAUAAAAUCCUCUAGGAAUGCAUGUAAAUGCCUUUUCUAACAGGGGGUGAUUUAUCCUCAUGUAUAAGCGUCCUUCCUAACUUCUGAGCUGCUAUCAAAAGGUGCUCAGGCCCAGACAUUGAGCCAACUUAAAAUUGAUAGUAAUCUCAUGACUUGUACUCCUACAUGUAUGUAUACACAAUUUCGUUCCUCUUGAAAUUUUUUUAAUUCCUGCUGCUGUACAAGAAGGCUGUAGAACGAGGAAGAAGUCUCCAGCAAAAUACUUUGUUAAUACACAAUACAUUGGUAAGGAUCAAAUACAACUUCAACGCAGAAGCUUAUGAUUUAGGCCCUCUGAUUUGCAGGUGGGACAGGUAUGCUGCCAUGUCUGAUCGAUUAUGUUGUCUAUACUAUAGUAAAAUAAUGCAAGACUGUUGUUUGGCUUGAGCAACUCAUAAUCUACAACAAAAUGUUCCAUUGUUUUGGUAAAAAAACUAAA